AUGAAACUGCGUCAACAAGUACUUUGUGCUCCCUCGCCCUCCGUUGAGAUGAGGAGGUGGGGGCACGGGAGGGGGAGUGAAGGGGUCGAGAUUCAACUGGUGCAAUGCGGCGUACCCCUUCGCUCAUCCCACUGUCCCGGUUACACCGAGGAGAAACCUUCCACGCAGUUCACCGCUCAGCUUCCAAGCGAGGUGAGCCCGGCUCUCCCCGGCCCCUCCCAGCCGGCGUCACCGCCUCUCUCCUACGCUCUUCUACAGAUCACCACCUCCGACUCGAUAGAAACGCCCUUCAUCCAAGUGCAUCUCCCAUCUUCACCUGUCUCCCCUCCUCCGCCACCGGCGAGCGGCAAAUCCAACUUGUACACGAGCAACGGCACCCUUCUCUCACUGCCACCUAAAAAGAAGGACAUCUAUCGCCCCUACUGCUUGGGAGAUCGCGCAUACUUGCAGCGGCCGGAGGAAGAUCUCAAAGCGGCCCACGCUAUCCUUGAUUUGAGCCACCAUGCUGUCUAUCUCACCACACCGCCACGAGCUGAGCCCUCGCCUUCCGAACUUCCACCUCCCCCUCCAGAACCGGAAACCUCCCAAGAGCAAUCCGAACGUCCCCGAGAAACAGUCGCCUACACUUACGACGCGUUCUUCGUCAGCGACGGUCGCUCCAAGCGGCGUAACUACGCGCAGGUCCCGCCCGAAACUGCCCAACAGCCGACGGAUCAGAAGUCCAAGUACACGUGCAGCGAAUGCGGUAAGCGUUACGCGACCUCUUCAAACCUUUCCCGACAUAAGCAAACACAUCGUAGCCUCGAUUCGGUUGCCGCUAAGCGCUGCGGCGAAUGUGGCAAGGCGUACGUGUCGAUGCCGGCCCUGGCGAUGCAUGUGCUGACUCACCAACUGUCGCACGUGUGCGGAGUGUGUGGCAAACUAUUCUCUCGGCCAUGGCUACUGCAGGGCCACCUGCGCUCGCACACCGGCGAGAAGCCUUACGGCUGCGCGCAUUGCGGCAAAGCGUUCGCCGACCGUUCGAACCUACGCGCUCACAUGCAGACCCACUCCUCUGACAAGAAUUUUGAAUGCUCGCGAUGCCAUAAAACCUUCGCAUUAAAAAGCUACCUCAACAAACAUCAAGAAUCGGCCUGCGUCCGAGAAGAUGAUUCGUCGUCGGCUGACGCUCCCGCCUCACCGUCAGAGUAG